AUGGCACCAGAAGAUCCUCAGUUGACAACAUUUGAUACCAAUAGAGCUGGUUUAGUAUCAACUACAGUGCCCGUGUAUGUAGCGGAGUUAUCACCGCCAGAAAUCCGUGGAAAAUUGGUAACACUGAACACCUGCUUCUAUACUGGUGGACAGUUUGUAGCUGGGAUAAUUGCCGGGGCUUUUGCUGAAGACAAGUCGAGUGGUUGGAGAUUGAUGCUAGGAUUAGCAGCAGUUCCCUCUUUUAUCCAGUUUUUUGGGCUUCUUACAAUACCGGAAUCUCCAAGGUGGCUGGUUGCUCAGGGCAGAUAUCAAGAGGCUUUGAAAGUUUUGAAGAACCUGCGAGAGAAAAAUACAAAUGUAGAGGAGGAAUUUGAUGGAAUCAAAACAAACUGUUUAGAAACAGAGAGAGAAGUGACAGCUAAAGGUACCACACCAGUGUUUCUUCAGAUUAUUAGAAAUCCUGCUGUUAAACGUGCUUUAACAGUUGGCUGUCUUCUUCAACUUACCCAGCAACUUGUAGGCACUAGUAUUGUUAUGUACUACAGUGUCCCUGUUAUAAAGAUGAAUGGAAUAUCAGAAAAAUCAACAGUUAUUUGGAUAUCUACUGGAACAGCUGCUGUUAUUUUCUUUUGCUCCUUCAUUGGACUAUUUGUAGUUGAAAAAGUGGGUAGGCGGCCCCUCACCCUCUUUAGUUUAGCAGGAGUGGCAGUGAGCCUUGGAACUCUGGCUGUUGGGUUUCAACUAGUCGAUAUUCACUCUCCCCAGAUAGACGUUAGUGGUACUGUGGGCUCUGAUAACGCAUGUUCCUCAUACAGCAUGUGUUCUAAAUGUGUUAACGAUCUUAAUUGUGGCUACUGCUUCUUCAACCUCCCAUCCGGACCAUCUAAUGGAAGCUGUCUCUUGGCUGGGCCAGACAAGCCUGAUAUUUCAACUGCAGGUCUGUGUAACGGUUCGGUUUUGGAAGGUCCUUUGACAUGGGCUUACGAGUGGUGUCCUUCAGAUCAUUCAUGGAUAAUCCUUUUGGGACUUGUACUCCACAUCAUGUGCUUCGCUCCUGGUAUGAGUUCUACUCCAUGGACAGUAAAUGCCGAGAUUUAUCCCCUAUGGGCCAGGAGCACGUGCUACUCCAUUGCAACAUCAGUCAAUUGGCUUGGCAACCUUUUCGUUUCUAUGACGUUUUUAAACUUCGUCGAAUUGGUGACUAAAUACGGGACGUUCUGGUUUUAUACGAGUUUUGCUAUUCUCGGAUGGAUCUACUUUUUUCUGAUGCUGCCAGAGACCAAAGGAAGAUUGCUAGAAGAUGUGGAGGGGUUAUUUACUUAUCCCUGGUGGCAAGAUGCGACAACAGCUGACGAAGAAAAAACAGUACAGUACGUCCACAUUCGUGGCAUCAAUCAAGCUAUCAAUCUAGAUGACCAGGACUCGGAAGACGAGAGCUGACAACCUGCUAGGUCUCAAAAAUUUGUUUAUUAAGAUUUAAAAGUAAAAAGUAAAACAUAAAUAUUUAAAUGCUUAUCAGUACUGUUGGCAAAGCUUUUAGAUGAGGCAUCCAUCGUAAUAGGGAUUGUCAUAGUAUCGUGCAGGUUUUGAUGUCCCAUUUAUGAUUUAUAACACCCACUUUGUUACACAAAAAUUGUCUUUAGCGACUUACAUUUUACCUUAUUUUCUU